CUUUGGCGUGUGUGGUAAUCUUGCCAUCCCCUUUGUUUCUUAUCGUACAACCCUCAGAUGCCCUCACGUAACAGUUCUGGCGGUACUCGACUUCACUGCAACACUGAUUGGUCCAGGCAACAUGCUCCUGACUAUUAUUAUGGGCCCGACUUGGCUGGAACAUAACAACAUACUCUGUCAGAGCCUGAGUUUUUUGAGCUCCUGGGCACAAAUCACUUGCUUCUUGGUUCUAUUCUCUCUUGCUGUGUUCUGUCAAAAAGUGCAAAAUAGGAUUCAGUCAGAUCAGAGACACCAGGCCAAAAGAACAGAACUUGUUUUUCUUGUUGUGUGUUUGUCAAUAGGGUUGCUUCUAGGUGUUCCUCCUCUUUUGGGCUGGAGUUCGUACAAUGGCCUCCUUUUAUCACACAUCUGUACCUUACAAAACAGUGAUAAAAUCUUCUCAAACUUUUCUAUCCUUUAUCUCGCUUGUUCUUUCAUUAUCAUUUCCAUCACCAUCCUUUUUGCUGUCAGAGCAAUAAAGCGACGGCGACCGUACCCAGUGCAGCUGUUCUGGGAGAGACAUAAACUAGAAACGAGGAUUAACGACCCUGAGAUGACAACUAACGCGUCUUCUUCGAAUUCAACGUCGGCCAAAUCGUCGUGCAAGUCAGGCCGAUCGUCCAGACGGUCAAGUGUGUUAUCUGGCAGACGGUCUGGCGUCAUGUCGUCUUAUAGCAGCCCCAUGUCAGUCAGGAAGGCGUCCACGUGGUCUCGUUCCCUUCAAGGACCUUCAAGUGUGCUGCUGGAGAUUCUUAGCCGUGAAAGGGCAAUUGACAAACAAAGCGGAGGAAACGGAAGUGAUCCCUGCUCAGCACCGGAAACGCGUGACCGCCCAAUUCCGGGCACUGCUUCCGGUACGAUCGAAUGUGGCUCCCCUGGGGAUCCAUUUGUUAUUUCCUCAAGAGUUCCCUACAAGUUUCCAAGGUUGACGAAAAUGAAGAACGUUUUCCAGAGUCCACGAUUUCUGCCUCCAUUCAAAGGUUUCCAGCAACAGCGCUCGUUGUCUCGUUUCCUGAUGCUGAGGUGUUGUGUGACAGUGUUUUGUUGGUUGCCUCUUUAUGUUUCACUUGUGCUACAAAUCUGCUCCGUUGACUAUCCACAUCAAGCACACAUCUUCGUUUCGUGGCUAAUUUUCACACAGUCUUCAAUCUCUUCCCUGUUACCAUUGUGUGACGCUACCUACAGGCAGGCUUGGCGCCGGGCAGUGUACUCAUGUUUCAAGACAUGCGCAGUACAGAACGAAAAGCACGUUGAACUGUCCAGCGCACGUGAUGUAGAAUGCAGGGUUGAAGGAAGCGAACAAGUCCGACUGAGAGAAGUGAUUCCUCUUGAAGUACAAAGGCUGUGACAAGGAGACUAGUUGCCAUGGCUGCUGAUUGAAUGAUUGACUGUUUAAUCAAUUAACUGAUUGAUUGCCCGAUGGAUUGAGACUGAUUAUUAUUGAAAUAGUUAUCAUGUUAAGCAUAUAAAGCUAAAGUUACAAACGUGAAUUCGUGAUCCCUCAAUCACAAAUUCCAAGGUUUUUAUUGUUUUUAACUAAGGAGUGAAGGUCCUCUUCAUGAUAGUAUAGAUUUUAAAUAUUAAGCAUAGUUUGGAAAGACGAUGUGGCUGUCAGCAAAGGAACAUUUGUAAUAUUCAUGUAUAGAGCUCCUUAUAAUUUUAUUUCGACACUCCUAGUUAUGAUAGUGUAGUAUAUAUAAUUUGAAGGUCUAUUUGGGGAUUAACUCUCUUGCCCUUCCGUUAAUGUAGUCAAUAUGGUUUCUGUAAGUAGAAUGACUGCUGACGUUUUUUUAAUUCAGAACGAAUGUACAUUUUCCCUGGAAUGAGUGUAAUCCAGCUUUCUCAAAUGUAUUAACAAUUCAUCAAAUUUAAACAAAGAAUAUCGUGACU